AGUCAGUAGCGAAACAAACGAGAAACGAGUUUCUCCAAAUACGCAGCUCUGCAGUACAAAAGGCGUGGGACUUUUCCCUCGAUUUUGUUUGUGAUCCUUUAGUGCGUUUCAACUGUUCCAUCUUCAUGCCUACUUGACUUUUCCAACAACUGUGAGAUCAUGUUGAAGUGGAUUAUCGGUUUGUCCAUCGCAGCAGGCGCUUUCCUGGUCAUCCAGCAGGUGGAGAGCUGUAACGAGGCAGUUUGCGGCAGCGUGGUCAGCAAAUGCCUCUUGACGAAAUCCUGCAAUUGCGAUCUGAAGAAUUGCACUUGCUGCAAGGACUGCUUCAACUGCUUGAGUUAUUUGUACAGCGAGUGUUGCUCCUGCGUAGAUAUGUGUCCCAAGCCAAACGACACCGGAACAGUUUUAAGUAGAAAAUCUCACGUGGAGGACUUCGAUGGGGUACCAGCACUGUUUUCAGUCCUCACUGAAUCCCCUGAUGUAAUGAAACGUUGGGAUACCAAGACGUUUCCUGUUGAUAUCGAGUAUAAUCAUUACGGGGUGAAGAAACAAUUCAAAAUAAAAAUGCAGACAGCCGAACAAGAAGUGAUCCCCACGAUACCUGACGUCAUCACUUUGAACUGCACAGUGGCGUUUUGGGCGCAAUGCAUGAGCUGGACCAAAUGCAGGACCAGCUGUCAGUCGAUGGGAGCCUCCAGCUACAGAUGGUUCCACGAUGGUUGUUGCGAGUGCAUCGGCGAAUACUGUAUCAACUACGGUAUCAACGAAAGCAGAUGUACUGCGUGUUGGCAAGGAAGCGAAGAAUCCACAAAAAUCGAUGAAGAUGAUUAUGAUUAUGGGGAACUCGAAGAUGAAGAUAUAGAUGAGUGAUACAUUUCGAUACCAAAAUGCACUGGCGAAAAAAAUCAAUGCCAUAGAUUCAUCCAAUUUUUCAUCUAAAUUUUCUCUUCUGAACCGUCCAUCCAAUUUUCCUGUGGGUAACAGUCGCUUCAAGAAAAGUUAUUUGUACUUGUUUUCAGAGAUACAAAAUACAAGGUGUCCUAGAACAAAGUACCACUACAGGGUGAACUAGAAACCAAAAUAGGCCGAGUUUUUUGUUGUUGUUUAUGUGGAAUUGAAAACAUCGUUCGAUAUCAGUAUUGCAUAUUAAAUCGAUAAACAAAUAUUAAGUAAUUCUAUUUAUUUUAGUAAUUGAAAUAAUUAUGAAUAACUCAUUAGAAAAUAGGGUGUGUACAGUAAAAGUAUAUGUUGUAUGUAAAUUUUUGUAUAUUUCAAAUUGUUAAUGUAAGUAUAUUAAUGUUCAUAGUUUGUAUUUUGUAAUUUUUAUACGAAUAUGAUAUAAAUAAAGGAAUAUGAG